AUGUGGGAGGGGAAUCAGACCUCGCUGGCAGACUUCAUCCUGGAAGGGAUCUUUGAUGACUCCCCCCACCACCUCUGUCUCUUCUUCUUGCUCAUGGUGGUCUUCCUGGCUGCAGUGAGCGGCAACAGCCUCACGGUUCUCCUCAUCUGCGCAGACCCCCGGCUCCACACGCCCAUGUACUUCCUGCUCAGCCAGCUUUCCCUCAUGGACCUGAUGCACGUCUGCACCACCAUGCCCAAGAUGGCUGCCAACUACCUGUCUGGCAAGAAGACCAUCUCCUUUGUGGGCUGUGCCACCCAGCACUUCCUGUAUUUGUUUGUGGGUGGUGCUGAGUGCGUCCUCCUGGCUCUCAUGUCCUAUGACCGCUACGUGGCCAUCUGUCACCCGCUGCGUUACCCUGUGCUGAUGAGCAUGAGGGCGGGAAUGGUGAUGGCCCUCGUGUCCUGGCUGAGCGCGUCCGUGAACUCCCUAGUCCACACCGUGAUCCUGAUGACGUUCCCUUUCUGCGGGUCUCGGGUAAUCCAUCACUUCUACUGUGAGUAUCCAGCUGUUGUGAAGUUAGUGUGUGCGGACAUCACUGUGUAUGAGACCACAGUGUACAUCAGCAGCAUUGUACUCCUCCUCCUCCCCAUCUUGCUCAUAUGUACGUCCUACGCCUUCAUUCUCCACAGCGUCGUUCACAUGCGCUCAGCAGGCAGCAAGAGAAAUGCCUUUGCCACCUGCAGCUCUCACCUCACUGUGGUUUUUCUCUGGUAUGGGGCCUGCACGUUCUCAUACAUGAGGCCCCGGUCCCAGCGCACUCCCCUGCAGGACAAAGUCGGCUCUGUCUUCUACAGCAUCCUCACUCCCACCCUGAAUCCUCUGAUUUAUACUCUCCGGAAUAAGGAUGUGGCUAAGGCUCUCAAGAGAGUUCUGCAACACAAUAGCUAG